UCACUUCCGCUUCCGCUGGCGCUAGCGCUUUCAUUUCUUCUGCUGCCGUGACUAAGAUGGAAGCGGUUUGGGAGUCGCGGGCCGGACUUUGGGCUGGGGGUCCGGCCCCCGGGCAGUUUUAUCGCAUCCCGCCAACUCCCGGCUCCUUGGUGGACCCGGCGUCCGCGCUCCACGGGGGUCCGAUCACGCGCACCCAGAGCCCCAUGGUGACCGGGACCUCGGUCCUGGGCGUGAAAUUUGACGGCGGAGUGGUGAUUGCCGCAGACAUGCUGGGUUCCUACGGCUCCUUGGCCCGUUUCCGCAACAUCUCUCGCAUUAUGCGAGUCAAUGACAGCACCAUGCUGGGUGCUUCCGGAGACUACGCUGAUUUCCAGUAUGUGAAGCAGGUCCUCGGCCAGAUGGUGAUUGAUGAGGAGUUGCUGGGAGACGGGCACAGCUAUAGUCCUAGAGCUAUUCAUUCGUGGCUGACCAGGGCCAUGUACAGCCGCCGCUCCAAGAUGAACCCCCUGUGGAACACCAUGGUCAUUGGAGGCUAUUCGGAUGGAGAGAGCUUCCUCGGUUACGUGGACAUGCUUGGCGUAGCCUAUGAAGCCCCUUCACUGGCCACUGGUUAUGGUGCAUACUUGGCUCAGCCUCUGCUCCGAGAAGUUCUGGAGAAGCAGCCAGUGCUGAGCCAGACUGAGGCGCGAGACCUAGUGGAACGCUGCAUGCGGGUGCUGUACUACCGGGAUGCCCGUUCUUACAACCGGUUUCAAAUUGCCACGGUAACCGAAAAAGGUGUUGAAAUAGAAGGACCACUUUCGGCAGAAACCAACUGGGAUAUUGCCCACAUGAUCAGUGGCUUUGAAUGAAAUACAGACGUAUUAUCUAGAGCUGAAGUUGUAUUCUCCUUCCAACUUUGAACUUGGCUGGUUCAGAGGUCGACUUUUCUUUUGUAAAAUAAAUCUUUUGAAACACUU